AUGCAUAUGAGAGAAGGCCUUGCUUUGGCUAUAGCAUUGGUGGUUCUUGGAAUUCAGGCAGGCUUGUCAGAGAUUAACAGAGCCAGUUUUCCAAAGGGCUUUGUUUUUGGGACUGCCUCUUCUGCAUUCCAGUAUGAGGGAGCAGUGAAGGAGGAUGGAAGGGGACCAACUAUUUGGGACAUUUUUUCACACUCAGGGAUAAUAAUUGAUGGCAGUAAUGCUGAUGUUGCUGUGGAUCAGUACCAUCGCUAUGUUGAAGAUGUACAACUUAUGAAGGACAUGGGGAUGGAUGCUUAUAGGUUUUCAAUAGCUUGGUCUCGGAUAUUCCCUAAUGGCAUGGGAGAAAUAAAUCAGGCAGGUGUUGAUCAUUACAAUAAUCUUAUCAAUGCUCUACUUGCUCAAGGAAUUGAACCAUACGUGACCCUUUACCAUUGGGAUCUUCCUCAAGCAUUGGAGGACAAGUACAUUGGAUGGCUUGAUCCACAAAUUAUAAAGGACUUUGCUACGUAUGCCGAGAUAUGCUUUGAGAAAUUUGGUGACAGGGUGAAGCAUUGGAUCACAUUUAAUGAACCUCAUACAUUUACCAUACAAGGCUAUUAUGUAGGACUUCAAGCACCGGGGCGCUGCUCAUCUAUCUUGUGCAAGGUUGGAAACUCUUCAACCGAGCCUUACAUAGUUGCCGACAACGUUCUCCUUUCUCAUGCAACUGCUGCAGACAUUUACAGGAAAAAUUACAAGGAUAAACAAAAUGGAUCAGUUGGGAUAUCAUUGGAUGUUAAGUGGUAUGAACCAGAGACGAAUGCUACAGAAAACAUUGAAGCAGCUGAAAGGGCCCAAGAUUUUCAGCUUGGCUGGUUUCUUGACCCAUUGAUCUUCGGAGAUUAUCCAAGCUCAAUGAGAAGCAGAGUAGGAAGCCGACUUCCCAAUUUUACUAAAUCUGAGUCAGCUCUUCUUAAGGGGUCAUUUGAUUUUAUUGGCAUCAAUCAUUACACUACAUAUUAUGCAAGGGAAAACGCAACUAAUUCGCUAGAUGAUUUACUUAACGACUCUGUGACAGACGCUGAUGCCUAUACAAUACCUUUCAAAGAUGGGAAGCCUAUAGGAGAUAAGGCAAAUUCUAUAUGGUUAUACAUAGUACCCCGCGGCAUGAGAAGCCUAAUGACAUACAUCAAGGAGAAGUAUGGAAACCCUCUAGUCAUUAUCACAGAAAAUGGUAUGGAUGACCCAAAUAGCUCACUUAUCCCCAUUGAAGAUGCUCUGAAGGAUGAGAAAAGAAUCAAAUACCAUACUGAUUAUUUAACUAACCUGCUAGCUGCUAUUGAGGAAGAUGGUUGCAAUGUCAAAGGAUAUUUUGCAUGGUCUCUACUGGAUAACUGGGAAUGGAUAGCCGGGUUCAGUUCAAGAUUUGGUCUGUAUUUUGUGGACUACAAUGACAACCUCAAGAGAUACCCCAAGGACUCAGUUUCAUGGUUCAAGAACUUCCUGGCAUCUGCUUAA